CAGUGACAUAAAUUUUGAGAUUUGACAAUAUUUGUAAAUAACCAAUUUGUAUAACAAAAAUUUAAAAAAAUGUCAGAUAAUAAACACGACGAUAUGUUAUUCGAAAUGCUCAAAGAAUGCAAAACACUGCCAAACUUUUUAGAAGAGGUAUUCGGUUUUCUUCAAAGAAGGACAGAUUUUUAUCAUGUUGCAAAAGAACCAAAUUCUCCGGUCGGAUUGCCAGAGGGAUUAGUUGAGAAGUUAGUGCGGCAUACUUUCUAUAAGUUCAAACCUGUUGGUUCUGAAAUAAUUAGGAAGAAUCAGAUAAAUAUUACGAAAAAAGCUAUUACGGAAAUUAGUGAAGUGAUUUCAGAAAUUAAGGAUGAACGGGAAGAAUUCAGUUUUUCGAAAUCGGAAUGUUACAACGGUAGUGUUUUCGAGAAUUACUGUUGGUCACAGACUGUAACGGAUAUCGAUAUUAUAGUUAAAAUACCCAAAAACUGUACCACUAAACAUAUAGAUGUAAAAAUAUUACCAAGUAAUGUACAUGUAACUUUAGAAAGCGGUGAAGUUUUGCUCAAGGGUGAUCUAUGUAAGAAAUGCAAAGCUAAUGAUGCAGUAUGGUCCCUAGAUGGUCAAAAACUGCUCAUUCAUUUAGACAAAUGCCAAGAAAUGUGGUGGAACUGUCUGGUACAAUCCGAACCAGUAAUAGAUAUUUCAAAAAUAGACUGUUCAAGACCAUAUGAGGAGUUACCUGAAGAAGCACAAGCUAAAAUUGAGGAAUUACAAUGGAACCAGGAGCGAAAAAAGUUAGGUUUGCCUACUUCAGAUGAACUGGCAAUGCAUGAAACCUUGAAGAAGGCUUGGCAUGCAGAUGGAUCGCCGUUUAAUGGACCGUUUGACCCAACUCGUGUUAAAUUUAAUUAAUAAAAUGUAUGAUUUAA